GAAGGGGGACAAAAAAGAAGCAAAAAAAAAAGGGCUCUCACUCUGAGGUUGAAAGCCUACAAAAAUGAGAGGAAGUUGCUACUCAAGCAAAUUCCACCACUUCCACACUCAAUCUCUCUCAAUUUUCUCUUUUGAUCUUUUCUUCCCAAUUCAAUCCCAAACCCACAAUUAUUCAAUCAAGCUCCUUCUAUGGCUUCCUUUUUCCAUAUUCUUCUUGUUUUCCAUCUUCUUCUUCAUCUUCUUCUUCCUCUCUGUGCAAAUUCAUCCUCCAUAGCCACUCUGCAAAACGUUCCCCUCAAGCAUUAUGUUGUUUACAUGGGAAGUGGGAGAAGCAACAAUGAAGAAGAUGAACAAACAACUGCUGAAUUGGAUUACUUGCAACUUUUAUCCUCUGUUAUUCCAAGGAAAGAGAAAGAGAGAGGAUUAAGGGAUGUGGUCCACCAAUACCACCAUGCUUUCAAUGGGUUUUCAGCAAUGCUAACUGAGGAAGAAGCUUCUUCUUUGUCUGGUAUUGAUGGAAUCGUGUCGGUGUUCCCUGAUCCGACGCUUCAGCUCCACACUACACGUUCUUGGGAUUUCUUGGACUCCAUCUCCGGCCUCCGCCCUCCGACGCCGCUUCCGCCGCCGCAUUCUUACCCCAGUUCAUUGGAUGUCAUCGUCGGCGUCAUUGACACCGGGAUUUGGCCGGAGUCUCAAUCUUUCAACGAUGAGGGGAUUGGAGAAAUUCCAUCUAAAUGGAAAGGAGUUUGUAUGGAGGCACCUGAUUUCAAGAAGUCUAAUUGCAACAGGAAGUUGAUAGGUGCAAGAUACUAUAAUACUGUAGAGCUCAAUGGGAAUGGUAGCCAGGUGGGGGCGCUGAAGGGCACACCGAGGGAUUCGCUCGGCCAUGGGACCCACACUGCAUCGAUAGCAGCCGGAGCCAGAGUCCCCAAUGCAAGUUACUUUGGCUUAGCGAAAGGGACAGCCAGAGGAGGUGGCAUUCCUUCCACAAGGAUUGCAACCUAUAAGGUUUGUGCUGGUGUUGGAUGCUCUGGUGCUGCAAUUCUCAAAGCCAUUGAUGAUGCGGUUAGGGAUGGAGUUGAUAUCAUUUCGAUCUCGAUUGGAAUUGGUUCCCCUUUGUUUCAAUCUGAUUAUUUAAAUGAUCCAAUUGCCAUUGGAGCAUUCCAUGCCCAAUUAAUGGGAGUUUUGGUUGUCUGCUCUGCUGGAAAUGAUGGCCCUGACCCUAACACUGUGGGGAAUGUUGCUCCUUGGAUUUUCACUGUUGCUGCUUCUAAUAUUGACAGGGAUUUCCAGUCCACUGUGGUUCUUGGCAAUGGGAAGACUUUUCAUGGGACUGCUAUAAAUCUCUCAAAUCUUUCUAGAUCAAAGACUUAUCCUCUUGUAUUUGGAAAGGACGCUGCUGCUAAAUUCACACCUGUAUCAGAAGCGAGGAACUGUUUUCCAGGAUCACUGGAUCGAUCCAAAGUUGCAGGCAAGAUCGUUGUUUGUGCCUCCGAUGACUUCAGUACUUCAAGGACAAUAAAGGAACUGGUUGUACAAGAUGCUAAAGCCAUGGGGUUAAUCUUGAUCAAUGAGGCGUCAAAAACUGUGCCAAUGGAUUCAAACAUUUUCCCAUUAACACAAGUUGGGAAUUCAGAAGGUCUGCAGAUUCUCGAGUACAUUAACUCCACCAAGAACCCAACAGCCACAAUUCUCAGAACAGUGGAAGUUAAAAGACUCAAACCUGCUCCAACUGUGGCUUAUUUCUCAUCGAGAGGGCCAUCUCCGCUUACCGAAAACAUUCUCAAGCCAGAUAUCACCGCCCCAGGAGUAUCCAUUUUAGCAGCUAUGAUACCAAAGAGUGAUGGAGAUAGUGGUCCAAUUGGUAAGAAGCCUUCCAAUUAUGCAAUGAGAUCGGGGACGUCAAUGGCAUGCCCACAUGUAGCCGGCGCUGCUGCAUUCAUCAAAUCGGUUUAUCACGAUUGGAGUUCUUCCAUGAUUAAAUCCGCACUCAUGACAACAGCAACUCAAUAUGAUAAUCAAAGGAAAUUCAUGAGAAACACCACAGACAACCCUUCAAAUCCACAUGAGAUGGGAGCUGGAGAAAUAAGCCCCAUAAAAGCUCUUAAUCCUGGAUUGGUGUUCGAAACUACGAACGAAGAUUAUCUUCGUUUCCUCUGUUAUUACGGGUAUUCAAACAAGGUCAUAAGAUCUGUGUCGAAACAAAACUUCAGCUGUCCGAAAGCUUCAAAAGAAGAUCUCAUCUCCAAUGUCAAUUAUCCAUCCAUCUCCAUUGGCAAACUAGAGAGAAAGCAAGCUACCAAAGUUGUAGAAAGAACCGUGACAAAUGUAGGAGCUCCAGAUGCCACUUACAUUGCCACGGUUCAUUCUUCAGGGGGUUUAAUAGUGAAAGUGAAUCCAAGAAAGAUUGUUUUUUCUGAGAAGGUGAAGAAAGUGACUUUCAAAGUUUCAAUUUACGGCAAGGAAGCUCGCAGCGGCUACAACUUCGGGUCGAUAACAUGGCGGGACACUGCGCAUUCCGUUCGAACUUUUUUGGCUGUAAAUGUAGUAUAAUUUGAUAGGAUUAUAUAUAUUUAUAUAUAUGUAUGUAUGUGCUUCCUCUCCCACAAGAAAUAAGAAAGAAGAAAUAUGAGUGAUAGUAGUAUAACAUUUUGUUUUAACACCGAUUUGUUUGGUUUGUAACAUCUAUAGAGGGAAAAAAAGUUUUUUCAUUUAUGUUCAAUAAAAUAUGGAAUUCAUGUUCAUUA